CUUCGAUCUGCUCGAUUUUCGAGGCCCUAAUUGGCAGUAUAUAUACCACCUCAGCCUCUGCACUCAUCUGCACCACAACACACUUCAACAAUAUCUCUCUCCUUAUUUAACUUCUCCAGCUACUUCCACUCUCAUUCUUCACAGGAAAAUGAGCAGACCGGGAGAUUGGAACUGCAGGACAUGCAACCACCUUAACUUCCAGAGAAGAGAAUCGUGCCAGCGAUGCGGGGAGCCAAGGAGUGGCGGCGACUACGGCGGAGCCUUCGGAGGCAGAGGCUCUUCCUCCUUUGGCUUCACCACUGGCCCUGAUGUUCGCCCCGGUGACUGGUACUGCACCGUCGGAAACUGUGGAGCCCACAACUUCGCCAGCCGCUCCAGCUGCUUCAAGUGCGGUGUCUCCAAGGAGGACUCCUCCACCGGAUCAUACGACGUCGACAUCACCCGAAUGAGACCCUACGGCUUCGGCGGCGGCUCCUCCACCCGGCCCGGCUGGAAAUCCGGUGACUGGAUAUGCACCAGGUCUGGAUGCAACGAGCAUAACUUCGCCAAUAGAAUGGAGUGCUACAGAUGCAAUGCACCCAGGGACUCUAACAGUGGCAGACCACCCUAUUCAUCGUAGAGUUCCUGAUCCAUGUGCUUUGCUGUCCAAGGAGAGAAUCAAGAGGCUAUCCCUAUUUCCCAGUGACAGUUACUUUUUUUUGGACUCUUGCCUCCACAUGUUACUUUCAUCAUCAUCAUCAUCUCAUGCGGAUAUUUAUUUUUGCUUUUUUUUUCUUAAUUUGAUUUUCUUCCAGCUAGGAAGGUUUAGGUGAGUUAUGAUUUUGAGGUUUUGUUGGCGCUGAGUGAUUCUGGUAUAUGACUCAGCAGCUAGCCCAUGCACUCUUUUAAGUAUCAACAAUUUAAUAUCAGUGUUAAUGUGUUUUGAGAGGGGGCUAGCUAUAUAGCUAGCUAGCUUCUAAGCCUCACUAUGAUUUGGUGCAAAGCGUUCUUUAUCUAAUUCUCAGAUAUGUGUUCAGAAAA